AAGCCCAGAGCACUGUGGCCACAGAGACACUCGCACGCAGCCCUCAGGGUGGGCAGGACAGGCUGCAGGCAGAUGAGGACAAGAUGUGAUCUGAAGAGGCCUUGUGGCUUAAGGCCACUGCUGGAGAGAGAGAGAGAGAGAGAGAGUCGGCCAGACUCUCUCUCUUGGACAGCAAGCUAUACGCGCCACCGAGUGGCCUGUGUAGACCCCACUGCCCGCCCCUCAGGCUCUCAAUAGCGGCCCUUAUCCUGAGAAGCAUGUGGCCCAGUGGCCUUGAGGUUCCCGAUGUGCUCAGCCAGUGGCUGCUUUUGCUCCUCCUGUGGCUGCUGAUGGGACCAGUAACUGGCGCCCCGACCACGCCGGACACCUCCAGCGCCCCAAGUCUGCGAGAGCGCGCACGGGCCCUGAUGCGGGACUUCCCGCUCGUCGACGGACACAACGACAUGCCCCUGGUCGUGAGGCAGUUUUACCACAAUGGGCUACAGGAUGUUAAUCUGCACAAUUUCAGCCACGGCCAGACCAGCCUGAACAGGCUUAGAGAUGGUCUCGUGGGUGCCCAGUUCUGGUCAGCCUACGUCCCAUGCCAGACCCAGGAACGGGAUGCUGUGCGCCUUACCCUGGAGCAAAUUGAUCUCAUCCGGCGCAUGUGUGCCUCCUAUGCUGAGCUGGAGCUUGUGACCUCAGUUGAAGCUCUGAACAGUACCCAGAAAUUGGCUUGCCUCAUUGGUGUGGAAGGCGGCCACUCACUGGACAGUAGCCUCUCCGUCUUGCGAACCUUCUACGUGCUGGGUGUGCGCUACCUGACACUCACCCACACCUGCAACACACCCUGGGCAGAGAGCUCGGCUAAGGGUAUCCAUCCCUUCUACAACAAUGUGAGUGGGCUGACCAGCUUUGGUGAGAAGGUGGUGGCAGAAAUGAACCGUCUGGGAAUGAUGGUAGACUUGUCCCAUGUCUCAGACGCCGUGGCACAGCGAGCCCUAGAAGUGUCACAGGCACCCGUGAUCUUCUCCCACUCAGCUGCCCGGGGCGUGUGCAGGGACGCUCGGAAUGUUCCUGAUGAUAUCCUGCAGCUUCUGAAGAAGAAUGGUGGCAUUGUGAUGGUGUCCUUGUCAGUGGGGGUGCUGCAGUGCAACCUGUUAGCCAACGUGUCUACUGUGGCAGAUCAUUUCGACCACAUCAGGGCAGUCAUUGGAUCCAAGUUUAUUGGGAUUGGUGGAGAUUAUGAUGGAGCUGGCCGGUUCCCUCAGGGGCUGGAGGACGUGUCCACAUACCCGGUACUGAUAGAGGAGUUGCUGCGUCGUGACUGGAGUGAGGAAGAGCUUCAGGGUGUCCUUCGAGGAAACCUGCUGCGAGUCUUCAGACAGGUGGAACAGGUACGGGAGGAAAACAAGGGGCAGAGUCCCUUGGAGGACGAGUUCCCGGAUGAGCAGCUGGGCAGCUCUUGCCGCUCCGUCCUCCCACAUCCUCGUCAAAGACAGAAUCUGGCUCCAGACCAGAAACUAACCGAGACUCCAGUGCAUGGGAAACUCAUUUUGUCACCUAAGUGGUCAUUCUCAAAAUCCCACCCCUACAUGGCCCCAGGCCUCAAAGUUAUUGCUGCCUUCCCAGUCCUCAUUCUGUGGCUCUGGUGAUCCAGUUAAUCCUGUCAGAUGUCAUUUUGGCAGCCACAGACAACCCACAAAGUUCCCUCGCAUGCAAGCACAAACAUUUCCUGAAAAUAAAUGUUUCACACAUGGAA